AUGUUGUCCAACCCGCUCCACCGAUUCUCGCCCUAUCACGGCGUGCAGUCCAGCGCCCUCUUUUCCAACGCACACGUUCCGAACGGCCAUUCUCACGCCAACGGGCUUGACCCGCUUGCGCCCAACUCACACUAUGCCCUGCAACAGCUCCAACAGCAUGUAGGGGCGCACGGCAGCAACCCUCAUCUCGCCCGCGGGACGCCUCAGUCGAAGCAUCGUCAACACCCCUACGGCCCAGCAGCCCGGUCAUCGAGCGCUUCCGGGCCCAUCCGAAGGAGGAUCAGUCGAGCCUGCGAUCAAUGCAACCAGCUUCGCACCAAAUGCGAUGGGCAGCACCCUUGCGCCCACUGCGUAGAAUUCGGGCUGGGUUGCGAGUACAUCCGCGAAAGGAAGAAGAGAGGAAAGGCGUCUCGGAAGGACCUCGCGGCGCAAGCCGCUGCGCAAGCCGCGUCCGGAGGGCCGGGCCAGGGUCAUAAGUCGCCCUCUGACGACAACGGCCCCCCGUCAGAGCAAGGCGAGUCUGCCAGCGUCAAGAACGGGCAGUCCUCGGCCAACGAAUCGCAGCAAAACCACGGCGGAAAGGUCAUUGACGAGCUUAGCGACGAUGCCAUGCAGCAACACAGCCAGAGGACGGGCUCGCUCGACAGCCUGGGAGACCUGGCUGGCGGCCAUCCGCCUCACUUGUCGACUCACCACGGCAUGGACAGGGACCACAUGGAAAGUCCGACGGCCAUGGAUCUGAACGGUUACGGCGGCGUCCAUGGGGGGUACGACAGGCAAAGUCUGGGCGCGCACAUGAUGUCGGGGCCGUCCCACGCCGCCUACGCCCCCUCCCAGAGCGGCAUGUCGGCGUAUCCCGAGAUUCCCUAUGCCAUGCAGACCCAAAGCCCGACCGCCUAUGCCAACAGCGCGCCGUUCCGGAUCGCCGCCAGCCCCAUAAGCGCAUAUCCCUUGGGGGCCGAGGCGACGUCUCCCGAAUGGAUAUCCAUGUCACCCCCGCCGCCGGCGCAGUAUCCCUCCUCCUCCCACAUCCCCGCGAGCGGCUACGGGCACGCCGCCAAAAAGCUGCGAUAUCCUGUGCUGCAGCCCCUGCUGCCCCAUCUGGGGAACCUCAUCCCGCUGUCCUUGGCCUGCGACCUGAUCGACCUCUACUUUGCGUCGUCGUCGUCGGCGCAGAUGCACCCAAUGUCGCCGUACGUCCUGGGCUUCGUCUUCCGCAAGAGAUCCUUUCUCCACCCGACCAAGCCGAGGCAUUGCCAGCCCGCCCUCCUGGCCAGCAUGCUCUGGGUAGCCGCGCAGACCAGCGACGCCCCUUUCCUGACCAGCGUGCCGUCGGCGCGUGGCAAGAUUUGCCAGAGGCUGCUGGAGCUGACCGUCAGCCUGCUCAGGCCGCUCAUCCACACACCGUCGGGCGACACGUCCCCCGUCACCAGUCCCGUCAUCGACGGCGUCGCGCUCGGCGGUCUCGGCGUCGCACUUCCCGGGUCCAUCAGUAUGGAUGCGUUGUCGGGCGAGUCCGGGCCGUUUGGUGCUGCCGGGAGCCUCGACGACGUCAUCACCUACAUCCACCUCGCCACCGUGGUUUCCGCAAGCGAGUACAAGGGCGCGAGCCUUCGAUGGUGGAACGCGGCUUGGUCGCUCGCUCGCGAGCUGAAGCUCGGCCGCGAACUGCCGCCGACGCCGACCCUCUCCAUGAGCCAGCCCAACGGCCACGAAGCCGACGGCGACGUUGAUGGCGAAAGCGAGCUGGGCGUGAGCACCCACCCGGGCGCCAUCACCGAGGAAGAGCGCGAGGAACGCCGUCGGAUAUGGUGGCUUGCGUACGUCGUCGACCGGCACCUGGCCCUCUGCUACAACCGGCCCCUGUUCUUGCUCGACCUCGAGUGCGCCGGGCUGUUGCAGCCGAUGGACGACACGGCAUGGCAGAACGGGGAGUUUCGCCCCACCACCCACAAUGUCACGACGGAUCCGAGCCUCAGGGACUCGACGACGACGACGACGACGACGACGACGACGGGGGGCCAGCAAGGCCGCGUACGCGGGCCGCACUUCGAAUGCACGGGGCACAGCAUAUUCGGGUACUUCCUGCCCUUGAUGACGAUCCUCGGCGAGAUCGUAGACCUCCACCACGCCCGGAACCACCCGAGGUUCGGGGUCGGCUUCCGGUCGGCGCGCGAGUGGGACGACCAGGCCAGCGAGAUCACGCGGCACCUCGAGGCGUACGAGAAGAGCCUCAGGCGGUUCGAGCAGCAGCACCUCACGCGGCCCAGCAUGAACCUGGACGACAAGGGCGACGUGGCGAACCCGGAGGGCGUGGCGGAGCACGGCGGCGGCGGCGGCGGCGCCAUCGCCGACAUUGGGACGCCGUCGGUGCACUCGGUGCACACCAACGCGUCGAACCGCAUGACGGAGAGCGACAUCCAGACCAAGAUCGUCAUGGCGUACGGCACGCACGUCAUGCACGUGCUCCACAUCCUGCUCGCGGGCAAAUGGGACCCCAUCAACCUCAUCGACGACAACGACCUGUGGAUCUCGUCCCAGGGCUUCAUCACCGCCACCGGCCACGCCGUGUCGGCCGCCGAGGCCAUCAACAACAUCCUCGAGUUCGACCCGGGCCUCGAGUUCAUGCCCUUCUUCUUCGGCAUCUACCUCCUGCAGGGGUCCUUCCUCCUGCUGCUCAUCGCCGACAAGCUGCAGCUCGAGGCGUCGCCGAGCGUCGUCAAGGCGUGCGAGACCAUCGUGCGGGCCCACGAGGCCUGCGUCGUGACGCUCAACACGGAGUACCAGCGCAACUUUAGCAAGGUUAUGCGAAGCGCCCUGGCGCAGGUCCGCGGCCGAGUGCCCGAAGACCUCAACGAGCAGCACCAGCGCCGGCGGGAGCUGCUUGCUCUGUACCGCUGGACCGGCGACGGCACCGGGCUGGCCCUAUGA